AUGGCUGCAGGUACGGCCGAAGCGCAACCGCGCACAAGUCUUGACUUUGCCGAAAGCUCCGUUCUUGAAGCUGUCGUCCCUGCAAAGUCUGAGGUCGACAUCAAGGGCGCAAUCGAGUCGUGGGAUGGAGUGGCAGACGACGAUGGCUCCAUAUUACCAUUCCUGUCCCAGCGCCAAGUGCUUCUCCUCGAUGAACUGCUGGCUGUGUAUGUUGUUUUUCGAGCACCGCUGUUGGAAGAUGCCACCCUAAAGGCGUACCUUGCAAGAUUGGUAGUCAAUGUAGAAGCAUUCGCCUUCAGCACGGCUCCGCCACCCGAGCAAGACCCCAAAUCCGGAUCCAUGAAGGAACUUAUUUACUCUGGUACGAUCAAGCCAACUGACGAGCCGACUAUUGUGAAUCAUGUUGAGGGGGACGAUGCCCACACUUUUGUCAUCUGGAAGGUAGACAUCUUUAUUGCCCGUCCUCAAGGAAGGUUCCACAAGCCUGCAGUUUACUUCCAGCCUGUGGCUUCCUUCAAGCCCGCCGAAAGGCCAGAGCACGAUGCGCUGGAAGACGACUAUCUCCCGAGUCGCAUGCCCACACCACUGAAUCUGCUCCAGUCGUUUGAAAAUGACCCUGCUCUCGUUGGUAUCCACCCCCGGCUGUCGUCUAUGCGCAUCAACAAAGUUACUCUGAGUGCUCCUGUUGCGCGAGAAAUGGUCCGCCCUAUCCAGAAUGGCCAGAAACCCAUAUUCAGGGUGCUGCCGCCGUUAAUUUGGAGGAUACGAUAUUCCAGACUCCAUGCGCCACUCAGUGAUCUGUCAUUGAUCGCUUCCCUGGAUCUUGAAGUCGCGCAAUUCGCUACAUACAACGUUAACGUUAAGAAAGUCGACUUGACAUUACACGGAGGCAAGGUCAAAGAGUUGAGCGAACAGCAAGACGCGGAAGUCAGCCACAGACCCGGUAAUCAAUUGACCUAUCUGUACAAAAUCACACCGGAUCUCGCCCCUGAUGGGACUCCAGCACUUGGGGCCAAGGGCCACUAUCUGACUCUGACUGUUGAGGCCAAAGUCACCAUGGCUAGCGAUUGCCGACCAGACAUUGCUAUCGAAUGGAAAACACCCGUCGAUUUCACAUCUGAACAGAUGUCUGCUCAUGCCAAGGCAUCCCAACGUCUCAGCGGCUCUACGAUGCAAACGACAAACACGGCUAACCCUGAUGCCCUUCCUGGUGUUGAUGCUCAGGAGCCGCAUGAGCAUGGUCAUUCGAACAAGGACGUAAAUGUCACACUCACAGUGUCCGGGCCGCCCAGCGUGCGCGUUGGUGAUAUCUUCACAUGGGAUGUUUUCAUCGUCAACCGAUCCGACAAGACGCGGAGGCUAGCAAUCUUGGUUAUUGUGAAGCGACCAAGAGAUAUUGAGAAGCACGUGUCUCGUCCGUCUACGUCGUCGGCAGUCGUUCCUCGCAUCGACAGGCGAGAGCUUCUUGCGACGGCGGUUACCGAUGAGAAUGUCGUCUAUGCCAAGCAGAAGAGUGCGAAGACAGAGGCGGCAGACCUGGUCUGCUUGGCAACCGACAUCCGCGUAGGGCAACUCUCACCAGGUUCCUGCUAUACGGCAGAUCUCAAGUUUCUCGCACUUGCUGCGGGCGUAUUGUCUGUGGAAGCCAUACGUGUGGUCGAUCUUGUGACGAAUGAGACUGUAGAUAUCCGCGACUUGCCCAGCAUUGUUGCUGUGGCGCCAUGAGCAGAGCCUAGAGGAGAAUAUACCCAGAUGACCC